CUCACACUGUUGAGGAACUGACUAAAGUGGCUGCAGUUUGUGAAGUAAAAGGAAUGGAGAGUCCAUUGUUGCUGGGCUUUUUUUCUAAAGCCAAACCUCUCAGAGUUUCCUACUCACUGCCUUCUGAUUGUGUUAAUUCAAGGGAUGCCGAUCACCAAACAAUCACACUGGACUUCAGUGAGCAUGAGCCAGUCGUCAUUGGCAAAUCUAUCAAACGGCAGUUGCUGAUAACUAACGACACCGCUAUUACUGCUCCGUUCACUGUUGAAGCAGAGUACUUUACUGGAUGCUGUCCUUCACAAUUGGAUGAAAACUCUGAAAGGAGCGGUGCACCUCUCCACUCUGUCCAGGCCAAAAAAAUACAGCAAAAAGCAUAUGAUGAAUUUGUAAACUGUCUUCUUUCCAAUGGGAGAGGUGCAGCAUUCUUUGUUGAACCGAACAGUGGGAUGCUCGGCCCAUUUGAGACUCAAGCCAUCAAUAUCACUGCUCUCACCAAUAUGUGGGGGAAUUAUCAAGACAAGCUCAUAUGUAAAGUUGGAGAUCUAGAUCCAACUCCCAUUCCUAUCCAGAUGUCUGUGAGGGGCUGCCCCAUUUACUUUCAGAUGAUUGGACCACAACCUGACAACCAGAACCAGGGUCCAAUUAUACGAUUUGGAAGCCAUGUUUCUGGAGGAGACACUGUGUCACGCUCUUUACGGCUCAUUAACACCAGUCCGUAUGAUAUCCGUAUGGAUUGGAUGACCUACAACUUGGAGGUCGGUGAUAGUAAAUUGAUAGAUCUGUUGGUUGCAUGUGGUGAACCCUUUCCUCUGAAGGAUGCUGAUGGCAAUGAAGUUCUUGGAGGGCUGGACUCAUCCGUCAUGUUCCCGCGCACAUGGGAUGACAGCCACACCCCCAGCAGAAAAGGAACAAGCUCAACUUUCAUGACCAAAUCUGAUGAUUUUGGAGAGAAUGAGGAAGAAUGUGAUGGAGAGGAGGGCAGAAGCCCUUCUAGGUCUCUGGCUCCAGUGAAGAAGCUGUUUUCUGUGUUUCUGAAGCCUCAUGAAGGGAACAUCUCUGACUACCCAUACUGCAUUACUCCACAGCAAACCGUAGUUCCAGCAGGGGGCACUAGCACCAUUCAUGUGUCUUUCACUCCUCUGAUCCUGUCAUGUUCAACCAGUCAAAAGUGUUUGGGUUAUGCUCUGAGUUUCAUGAACCUGGACUCUAAGCUUGCAUCAUUGACUCCAGGCAAAGUGGAGAGAGCACAGGGCUAUGAACUAGAACCUUUGAGGCUGGACAUGCAGGCUAAUGUAAAACCUGCCGUCUUGACAGUGCAGAUGGCAGAAGAUACAGACGUACUGGAAUUCACAGCAGCUGCCAGUGAUACACUGGACGGAGCAUCACAGACACAGAAGGAAUCCAGGAUAACUCGGACGUUCCAGCUGAAGAACAAUACGGAUAUGGCCUUGAGUUUCAGAUUGAGCACACACCCUCCGUUCUCAGUGCUGCUGCCCCGACAGAGCCUUAAACUGAUCAGCAGCUCACCCUCUCACAGACACACAACAGGAAUCUCUGGACCAGGAGAUGAGCAAAUAUCACUUCUUUUACAGCCUAAACAAAUCAUGCAGGUUAAGGUGGCUUUUCAUAAUUCAUCUUCGCUCCUGACCUGUCUGAAUGAACCAUGUGAGGAAUCAGAUGCUCUUCCUUCAGCUACUCUUCUGUGCAAUGAUGCUGGAGAAAGGACACUACAGUUUCGCCAGAGUUUGACCAUUCAGUACAGCAAUAACAGCGUACAGACAGUGUCCCUUUGUGCUAAUCUGGCAUUACCGACACUGCACCUUUCCAGUUCCACUGUGGAUUUUGGCACCUGCUUUGUUGGACAAACAACUGUCAAAGAGGUCUACCUCUACAACAGAGGUGGCUCCUUUAGCUACUGGACUGCACUUACAGAUGCUGAAGGUGGCAUUGAAGUGUUCAGGGUGAGUCCAGACUCUGGUGUGUUGAAAGCUCUUGUAGACCCACCAUCCUGUAAGCAGUUGCUGCAGAUCAGCUUCACAGCAAGUGAUCACAAAGAGUUCCAGACAAUCAUCACAGUGCAGGGGCUUCUUGGAGAGAUACCACUUGUUCUGAAGGUCAAUGGAAAAGGAUCAUUUGAUGAGAGUUUUGUGUCUUCAAAAUCUGACACCUGACAAAACACUGAGUUCCAUAUAAAAGACAGAAGAACUGAAACGUAUCUCUCUCUGUACAGUCAUUCAUUAGUUUGACUAGACACUGAUCUCUGUAUACGUCAAAUUCUGUAUUUGUGAGUUGUAAUCUUUUAAUUAUAAAGAAGAUUAAAUAACAUAAGAACACAAGCAAAUGUCAAAUGGCCUAGUGUAUGUUUGCAAACCGAGGUUCAAAGGUCAAGUUGUAGUUAAACAGCGACUUCACACAUACACUACUGUUCAAAAGUUUGGGGUCAGUAAGAUUUUUCAUGU